AGAAUGGAGGGCACCUGCUGGUACUGCAAGAAGGUCGGGCAUCCUUGGUUCAAGUGCUUCAGCAAGCCGGAGGGAUGGGCACCUCCAGGCAUGAAGCCGCCCAGUGGUGAACGCGCACAAGGUGGCGCUGUGCAAGGCUCAGGUGCACAAGGUGAAGGUGCACAAGGUAAUGCCUAUCCUGGGAUGUUUCUCAUGGUUGAGGAUGUGCAUGGGCAUGAGGGUGAUGAACAACAUUGAGGGUGCUGUUGGCGAUAGCUGCACUCCUGGGAUGGAAGAUACGGCAGAUGGACAUUGUGACUACCUUUCUGAAUGGGAUCAUUCUGGAGGAGGUGUACAUGAAGCAGCCAGAGGGGCUGGAUGAUGGGAGCGGCAGGCCAUGUGCUGAUGAGGAGGUAGUGGGUGAGAGUGACAGGAAGCUGUUUCAUUCGAUGGUUGGGUUGCUGAAUUAUGCUGCAAAUCAUACACGGCCUGACAUUGCAUUUGCUACAUCACGGUUGGCUAGUGUGGUCUCACGCCCUAGUCAUGAGCAGCUGGAAGCGGCCAAGAGGUUGGUCCCCUAUGUGAGCGCUACGGCAUCAGUAGGAUUGGAGUACAGUGGAGUGAGGCAGCGGUUGCAGAGAGGUGCUGCAGAUGUGAAGAGUGUUGUGUUUUGUGACAAUGAGUCUGCUGUGAAGCUCGCCAAGAAUGCUUGUCUGCAUGGGCUGACAAAACACAUAAGGCCUAAGUGGCAUUGGGUGAGGAGACUCCUUGAUAAGGAGGUGCGGCUGGAGAUAGUGAAGACCCAUGAGCAGGCAGCAGAUAUUUUCACUAAGCGUCUGGCGGAGGCGGAUCAUUGGAAGGGCAUGAAGCUUGCUGGGAUGAGUGUGCAUUGAGUAUGCAUGCUUGAGAUGUUGGUAU